UGUUAUUUCUCGUCUGCUGUAACUCAGAAUGUGAACCUCGGCAUGGCGGGAUCCAGCAUGUGCACGGAUCAUAGGAAUUCCGCAUCCGAAUGCACUCCGUACCCAUAUACUUGACGAAGAGUUGCUACUGGAAAUCGCACUCUCUCACGCUGCACCAGGCGGGCCAGCCUGGCGCCACUGGAGUCACCGGAAUGUCGAGAUAAUUCCCAAGAACCCAGUAAUUGAGACUCUGUUUCCGAUUUACUUUCACAAGUGCCGGAAAUUGUAACCAUCGUCCGAGUUCCCUUUCCUACAAGUGCGGAAGAAAUUGCGAAGUCCUUUAGACCCAGCUUGUGUUUCUGGAAACUGAAAUUGAUUUGCGCAAUUCAAUUUGAAGUACGAAGAUAACGUCAAGUAUUUGAUGGCCCGGAAAAGCCUUGUUUAGAUAAUUGUUGCAACGUAUUCCGGUUAAUUAUGCUUAUCAAGGAUUGUUAAACGGGCCAGGUUUCAUUGACGUAGUUUCUCGUGGCUUCACAGGCAUCUUAAGAGGUGGAAUGCUGGUAAAUUGCUGCCGGGGUUGUGUUGCGAAAGCAGUUGCAAAUUCAUGUUAAUCCAUGGUGCAAGUUGAGUGAUGGGCUGCUCGAUAUCAGGCUCAUAUGCAGAGAAUUGCAAUUUUCUGUAAGUGAAUUGUAUGCUUGCGGAAUCUGGUUGACGGCACGUCGAUGCGUGUAAAAGAACACGGCAACAGAACUCUAAUUCUAGUCUGAAAGAACAAAGAUGUCCGUUCGACCACUCCCACUUCAAGCAUGUCUUGGAUUCGGCGGAACAGUGGCCAAUGGACUCAUCCUGCACCCCGACAAGAAGACGCUAAUCUACCCUCUCGGCACCACCAUAGUGUUGCGUGAUAGAGGGGACCUAACAAAGCAAGAAUUCCUGCAAGGACACAAUAACCAGGUCUCAUGUGUGACGGUGUCGAGAAGCGGCAGAUACAUGGCCAGUGGCCAAAUCUCCCCCAUGGGAUUCUCUGCACCCAUCAUCAUUUGGGAUUACGCAUCCCGCAAGCUGGUACACAAGCUGAUCCUCCACAAGGUGAAAAUUCAAGGGCUUGACUUCUCCUUUGACGACGAAUUGCUCACUUCAUGGGGGGGCACUGACGAUUGCAAAUUGGUCAUCUGGAGAACAAAAACAGGUGAAGCCAUCUGCGGAAGUCCAACCCCUGUCGAUUACGCAAUCGCUGCCAAAUGGGCCAAUCUUACUCGCAACACUCUCAUCACAACAGCAGACAUGAAAAUCAACGUGUGGGAAGUGGACGCAGAAAACCGCAAGCUCUACCCCAGUAUCUGUGACACCGGAAAACGCAAACGCGUCAAUCAAUGUGUGAGUAUCGUAAGCCAAUUUUUUCAUGCUUGCUUGCAGGUAAUCGACGACAAGGAUGAGUACAUGUAUGUGGGUACCCGAAGUGGAGAUAUCAUGCAGGUGAGUCUGGGUCCAAAGAUGUACAGAGCGGGAGGGCCGUUGCCGAUGAUAGAAUUAGGAGUGCUGUGUUUGCAGUUCACUCCCUUCAAAGAUUUGGUAUGUGGUGGAGGAGAUGGCACUGUAAACCUGGUUCGGCUCCCGAGUUUCAAGAACGUGAAGAAGCUCAAGCUCCAAGGCGGAGUGACGUCCUUGACGGUCGCUGGGCAGGGCGAUAGGGGCUCCUUUGAGUUAUACGCAGGCACUGCCAUGGCGCAAAUAUAUCUGGUCAAGUACGACGGGGCUACGAACGCAAUGACGGCGAUGCUGAUUCAACGCUGUCAUUUCAACAAGAUCAAUGACAUUGCCUUCCCAAUGAAGUACAGCGACCUGUUCUGCACAGCUUCCACGAAUGACAUCAGGAUGUGGAACCUAAAAGAGAUGAAAGAGAUACUUCGCAUUGAGGUUCCGAAUUCGGAGUGCGAGGCCAAGGACUCCCUCAACCAAGAGUGUCACUGUUGUGCAUUCAUGCCGGAUGGAAAGACGAUCAUCAGCGGAUGGAGUGAUGGAAGGAUUCGAGCAUUUGCGCCCCAAACAGGAAAGUUGCAAUACACUAUCGUCAAUGCGCAUCAGAAAAUGGGAGGUUACGUGGGUGCAGUUGACACGAAAUGCUUUCAAGGGGUGUAUGCAAUUGCAACGACUUCAGAUAGUUUGCGCAUCGUCAGCGGCGGAGUUGAGGGAAAUGUUCGAGUGUGGAGAAUCGGCAGCCAAAGCCACUCCAUGCUAGCUUCAAUGAAAGCCCACACUCAAGCUUGCACUUACAUUGCGGUAAAAAAAGACAACAGCGAGUGUGUAAGCUGCAGCAAUGAUGGCUCCUGCAUGGUUUGGGAUCUCACAAAAUAUACAAGAAACAACAGCAUUGAAGCAAAUAAUUUCUUCAAGUCUGUGAAUUAUCAUCCAGACGAAAGCCAGCUUCUCACUUGUGGUACAGACCGCAAGAUCACAUUUUGGGAUGCGUACGAUUGUCAGCCGAUUCGAGUGAUAGACGGCUCCCUAUCAGCAGACAUGCUCAGCCUGGACAUCUCCCCAGACGGGGAAGGGUUUGUGAGUGGAGGCGGGGACAGAGAGGUGAAGCUGUGGAAUUAUGACGAAGGACAUUGCUAUUUUGUUGGACUUGGGCACAGCUCUAAAAUCUCCAGGAUAAAAAUCAGCCCAAAUAUGCAGAAAGUUGUGUCAGUGGGAGAGGAUGGUGCCAUUCUAAUAUGGGACUACAAAAAACCGAUCUCGGAUUCCCCUCCCGACAAGAAUGUCAACUUUAAGAGUCCUAAUUCCCCUGAGUGACAUGAAGAGACUGUAACAUUGUAACACAGGGGAUGCUCGAUCGCUCCGCUGUGUAACUCUGUAUCGUGCUCCAACCACUAUUUCACAAACGAGCGAGAUGUAUUCAAAUCCAUUUGCUGCGAUUCAGACCACAUAUUGGUCGAACGAGAAUCCUGGGCUCGCCUCGAAAGUUUCAAGCAUUGCAACAGACUUUACCAACUUAGACCCAUAUCUACAAACAAUCAUGCGAGCAUUUGUAGGGACAGCUAGGUGUGAAAGCAAGCAUGAAUCGACUACAGGAACACGGUGCGCGUGUUAAUAACUUGAACCCUUGCAUUUCCUUGAGUACGCCGAUGCCAAGUUUGCACCA